GCGAGGAGCCAUCCCCGCGCAACACCGCCUGUCCGGUCGGAGGCUUUCCCGGCCGUCCCAAGCCCCGCCAACGCCUUCCCUCCCAACCCCGACACCAGGCCGGAGGAAUAAUAAGCAAGGGAGGGGGGAGAGAGAGAGAGAUCUCCGUUGCUUGCGUCCGUCCAUUUUCAUGAGGGCAGGGUUUGUCUCCGUUUCCGUUGUCCUUACUUAGUCUCUGUUAGUUCACGAUCUGCAUUUUGUUCCUUCGUCCUCAAAGCCAAACCCUAGCUCUCUUGCUCAUCUUCCUGGUUCGGAAAUUAGGUUUUUUUUUUUUUUCUUUUUCUUUUUCUGUGGGCUCUGGGUGGAGGAGGAGAUGGAGGGAGCGUGCCGCUAGGGUUUGAAGUGGAGCAAGGGAAGGAAUGGAGAUGGAGGAGCUCCUGAGGAAGAUGUUGCCGGCCGGAGCUCCCAUUCCGGAUGAUGACCAGUUGGACUUCUCGUUCGCCGUGGAGUAUGAGGGCCCGCCCGUCGCUUAUGACCUCCCUAAGGUCAUUCCCGUCGACGUCGACAGGAUUCCGGUGGCGUCGCAGGUCUCUGCGUCUCUCCCUGGCACCGUUCCCGUCGUCCAGCCCGUCCUCUCGGCUGGGAUCCCCGUUCGAUCUGUCUCCUGGGUUUCGAUGUCUGGUUCGAAGCAGCGGGAUGUCGUCGCCGGCGGGAAGAGUCGGGAGGUCGUUGCUGAGGAUCGAGCUUCUCCCACGUCGGUGAUGGAGUCGUCAUCGAUCGAGAGGGUCGGGGACGACGGCGCGAGCGCCGGGGUGGAUGAAUGCUCCGUGGAAGGAGGGUUUUCCAAUUUGUUGACUAAUUCCGGUGAGGAUUUGAGCUCGGCCCCUGCGGGCUGGGGUUCCGACGAUGACGACUCGGUCCGGAGUUCACCGAUUCUCUCUUCAGGAGCCUCGUCGUGGAAGGGGGACUAUCAGGACCCUGAGUCGGUGUCGUCUUUCCGGAGGUCGGAGGAGGACGAGGAACUCUCCGGGGACGCGAAGAAGCCCCAAAUGGUGACUUUCCGGGAGGAGGACCCUUCACUAAGCCGCAAUGGAGGUCUUCGAGACGGGGCGUCCGGAUCGAGGUUGAAGAAAGGUGCCUGCCAUCGAUGCCUUAGGGGCAAUUGGCUUAUGGAAAAGGAAGUUUGCCUCGUCUGCAACGCAAAGUAUUGCAGCAGCUGCGUCCUGAGGGCGAUGGGUUCCAUGCCUGAGGGGAGAAAAUGCGUCGGUUGCAUCGGUUAUCCGAUCGACGAGUCGAAAAGGGAGAGCUUGGGGAAGUGCUCUCGGUUGCUCAGGAGGUUGCUGAGCUCGUUGGAGAUUAGAGAGAUAAUGAAAGCAGAGAAAUCGUGCGAAGCAAAUCAAUUGCAGCCGGAGAGCGUCUUCGUAAACGGAAAACAGCUUAGUCCUGACGAGAUGGCCAUCUUGGUAUCGUGCGGCAACCCGCCGAGGAAGAUGAAGCCUGGUAGAUAUUGGUAUGACAAAGUAUCCGGUCUAUGGGGAAAGGAGGGGAGCAAGCCUCACAAGAUUAUCACGCCACAUUUAAACGUUGGUGGAAGUCUCAUGUUUAAUGCCAGCAAUGGCAACACCAGUGUCUACAUUAACGGUCGAGAGAUUACGAAAACGGAGUUGCGGAUGCUUCAGUGGGCUGGAGUCCAGUGUGCUGGAAAUCCUCAUUUUUGGGUGAACGCUGAUGGGUCGUAUCAGGAGGAGGGGCAGAAGAAUAUCAAAGGCCACAUAUGGGGCAAGGCUGGAACACGUCUGAUUUGUUCGGUCCUGUCACUGCCAACACCUUGUAAAACAAGUAAUUCUUUUGUAGACGAAGUGAAUGGUUUGCCAAUUAGAACUCUACCUGAAUAUUUUGAGCAAAGAGUUCAGAAGAUUCUUUUAAUUGGACAGCCAGGGGCUGGAACUAGUGCGCUAUUUAAGCAGGCAAAAUUUUUAUAUAAACCUAACCCCUUUUCAGAGGAUGAACGCCAAAACCUUAAGCUGAUGAUCCAAAGUAAUGUGUAUCGCUAUCUAUGUGUUCUACUUGAGGGUCGUGAAAGAUUUGAGGAAGAAUAUCUAAAUAAUCAUAAGUUGCGUGGUGCACUGGACUCUGCAGGUAUGCUUAAAGAAGGUGAUAGCCAAAAUAUUUAUGCCAUAAGUACCAAGAUGAAGAUCUUUUCUGAUUGGCUUCUUAAAAUUAUGAUCUCUGGUGAGCUUGAAGUGAUUUUUCCUGCUGCUACUCGUGAAUAUGCACCCAUAGUUGAAGAGUUGUGGAGGGAUCCUGCAAUUCAAGCUACAUAUGCUAGGAGAAGUGAACUUCCGUCUCUUCCUAGUGCUGCAAGCUACUUUCUGGAGAGGGUUGUGGAUAUAUCAAGGUCUGAUUAUGAACCAUCAGAUAUGGACAUCGUUUAUGCGGAGGGACAUCUAUCUAAUGGCCUAGCAUUCAUGGAAUUCUCAUUUCCUCAGUUGCCUUCUGAUGACAAUAUUGAUGAUGGAGAUCAGCCUGAUCCGUUUGCAAGGUACCAGCUCGUCCAAGUACACGCCAAGGGGCUAAAAGAAGGUCGCAAGUGGCUAGAAAUGUUUGAAGACGUCCGGAUUGUUGUCUUCUGCGUAGCUGUCAAUGAUUAUGAUCAAAUUUAUGAGGAUGGGGAAUUUGUCGGACAAAACAAGAUGAUUGUUGGCAAGAAGGUAUUCGAAAGCAUGAUUCUACAUCCGAGCUUUGAUCAGGCUGCCUUCUUACUAAUACUUACCAAGAUUGACCUGUUUGAGCAAAAAAUAUACCAAGUUCCACUUAGGACAUGCGAUUGGUUUGAUGACUUCAAUCCGCCCACCAGCAGCCAUCGGCCCAGUGGUCACCUUGGAUGGAACACAAGCAAUAACAACAACAAUUCCACUUCCUUGGCGCAGCAAUCUUACCAGUACAUAGCGGUGAAGUUUAAAAGAUUAUUUUCUUCUUUAACAGGAAGAAAGUUAUACGUUACGCAGACAAAUGGGUUGCAAGCGAUCGCUGUAGAUGAAGCACUCCGGUAUGCGCGAGAGAUUAUGAAAUGGGAUGAAGAUAAAUUGGAUUUUUGUGGUAAUGAGUAUUCCGUUUAUAGCACGGACUUGGGAUCCUUCUGAGCACUGAUGUGAAAUUAGUUCUCUUCAUUUGUUAAUUGCGUCUUUCUGUAAAUAUAUUGUUGUGCAAAAUUUAAAAAAAGAAAAAGGAAAAAAGAAAAAAAAAAUCUUAUCCACUUCCA